CUCGCAGAGCUCGAGGUGGCUGCGUCCGAGCGCAAGCAGCAUGCCGAGAGGCUUCCUAGUCAAGCGGCAGCCGGAGCAGCCGGACCCCGGCUACCACAGCGACCACUCGGACGAUGCGCCCACCGACCUGAGCAAGAAGUCCAUCAGCCACCAGGUAUUGCAUCCUACGGCGGUCAUCCACCCAUACCCGCCGCCGGGUCUGUUCGCGCCCCAUCUCCACCCCAUGGUGGUCGAACGCCUGCAACACCACUUCUACCCUCCGAGCGAGCUCUACCCUGAGUAUUACCAUCUGUACCAACCCCUGAGGCCAGCCCAACCGGUUUGCCAGCCGGCCGGUUUGCUGCUUGACCUGACCAUCAAGGCCAGCACCCCGAUCACUCCUCCGGCCACUCCAUCGCCCGUCAGCGCCGCCCAAACCACUUCCAACCCCAACUCUGGAGCCAAACGGAAGCUGGACACCCCCGGCAAGGCAACCGUGGCCACCAGUCCGAGCAAGAAGCACAAGGCGGCCACCAGGCGGCUGCACUUCGACGAGGACAAGAGCUCGCCAGUGUCCGGCACCAUCAUCAAGGAGCUGAACGCCGACGACCCGCCACUGGUCGUUCGCAAGGGUGACAUUGACCCGGCCUUCAACGUCGUCGAGGUCACGGAAGAGGCCAAGGCCGAUCUAGCCAAGAUCGAGAACCGCAUCGGUGACUAUAUCUGCAAGCUGUGCUGCGAGAUGUACGAUGACGCCUUCAUGUUGGCGCAGCACCGGUGCUCGCGGAUCGUUCAUGUCGAGUACCGGUGUCCCGAGUGCGACAAGGUCUUCAACUGUCCCGCCAACCUGGCGUCGCACCGUCGAUGGCACAAACCGCGUCAACCGCCAGCCGCAGGAGAGCCGGUCGAUUUGGCCAGCAAGAAGGUGGCGUCCGCAGGGUCGGACAGUUCGUCCGAAACGGAAGACUCGGCGGAGCAGCAGUUCCCCUGUGAUGUGUGCCACAAGCGCUUCCGGCGGCAGGCGUACCUGCGGAAGCACCAGGCCACCCACGGUCCUGCCGCCGUCGCCCCCGGACAGACGACCCUUUGCGCUCCGGUGCCGCAUUUGUCCGCCUUCCAGCCGCUGAUGAAGCAGGAGACGAUGGUGCUGGCUGACUGACACAGGCACAACUACUGGACGGCGUUUUGGCACCACCAGCAGCAGCAUUUAUUCUGAGGUGAAGUCUUGGUUUUUUUAAAUGAACAUGCGCAAACUUUGCCUAGUCCCAAUGUCUAGUCUUGAUUUAAUUUUUAAUUAAGGGCCUAUGAUGCUAGUCACUGAAUUGUUUCGCAACCGAUGCUAGUCCCCGUAGUUUUAAGUAAGACACGAGUCUCUUUUACCUGAUGCUAGUCAAAUGCUUUAGUCGUAUUUUUAGAUAAUUAUGUUUAAUAUUCGUUUGUAAAUGUUUUCUAGUCGAUGUUUAAAAAAUUAAUUUUCUAGUCUUUUGUUGAAGUCAUUUGAAAAAGCUUUCUUCAGAUCUCUAAAUUCUCAAAUAUUUAUUCGAAUUUAUUAAAUCUAGUCUACUUUUAAUUAGGACCUUUGAUCUCAUGAAAAGUCUUUAGUUACAGAGUAAAGUUUUAGUCUUUUUCUAAUCCGAAAAAAAUAUUUAAAAUCUAGUCCCAUUUAAAAGUCAUUUAACAUAAUUUUAAUUUCACCCUAGUUCAAAUUACACAACUCUGAUCUCAUUUGCUUUUCUCAUCAUAUUGGAAAUUAUCAAUUAUCAUAUCCCGAUCUCAAAAUGCAGUCAUUGAAAUUCCUCUAGUCCUAUACUACGUCGUAAUGUUAGCUUCAUAUCAGCAUACGAUCUCAAAAUUUUGAAAAUUAUGGAAUAAAUAGUCACUCCUUGUCAUUAUUUUCUAGUCGAAUUUUAUUUCCUUUUUUAUAAUAGUCAUUCUCUUGUCAUUUUAUCGAAGAAAAAUCUAGUCCCUUGAAUAAGAUAAUUUUUAUAGUGCUCAAAAUUUUCUGCUAGUCGUCAUGUUCUUAAAAUUCGUUUGAAUAUUUCCAGCUGAUGUGCCAAAAUUUCUUGUCAUUUACAUUUGAAAAUCUUGAAAUCUAGUCCUAAAUUUAAAAUUUUAUCUCGCGGAAAGCGCCUGCAAAAAACCGCUCCACCACCUGCGGCAUAGCAGUGCGCAACUGGUUGCAUACAUUUCCCGCACUCGCGGGCGCUUUCGCUGUUGUUAUUUUAUAGUAGAGGAUUAUUUAGUCAAAAACGAUCCGUGCCAGAAAGAGGCGACCAAAGAGUUACAAAGAAGCCUAUAUAUAUAAUAGUACUUUAUUUAUAUUAAAUCGUGUCUAGUCAGCUUUGAUUUAAUGAAUUAAGUCUAGUCUUACAAUUAAGUGCGGUACGUUAGCUUUAAAACUUUGAGUUCUUUUCUAUUUGAGUUCAGUGGUUUUACGAGUUUCCGCUGAAAAAGCGAAAACGGAAAACCGUGGAUCUAAGCUGCCAUGACAUUAAUUUUAAUUAUCAUGUGGUGGUAAUGUUAGUUACCAUGAAUACUACACACUCUUCGUAAAUACAGAACUUUGUAUUGCUGUCAAGUGUAAAUUAAUGCAUUUAACGUGUAAUUACUCCUGCAAUUGCUACUUAAUUCGUUGCGAGUCAUGUCCAAUUGUGGGAUGUGCCAGUCGUCUUUCAAAAUAGUUGUAGGAAAUUUAUUUGAUAAGAUAUAUAAUUUUGAGUGGACAUUUUGACCUUUAUUUCCGCCAGUUUUCAAGCGAUGAGUUCUCUAGUCAAGAAACUUCAGUCAGUAGAGUUCAGCCAAAGUAUCGGAAUCAUUUUCGUUACUUACAAAUCAAGUGCUGAUCAUUGAUCUCAGUCUGAUGUCCCUAAAUGUUUAAGCUUCUAGAUGUAAACUUUUGCUGUUUAAUUGAUUGUAAAGGCCCGGACAAGAAUUACCGUUAAAGUAAUUUAAUGCAAAAUCGUCAAACUUAUUGUAAAUAAUCAACACUCCUGCAAAAGGAGCUCUUGUUGUUUGUAAUUAUUGUGUAAAUUUGAAAGGCUGUAUAAAAAAACCAAGGCAAAAAAAUACCAAGACUUCUCCUCUGAUUGAUAAUGAGUUAUUGUUCAAAAUAAUUAUGCUAAUUGUAUCAUGUUUGUGUAAAUAAUAUUUAUCUCACCAUUAAUGUGCUGUAGGAACUCUACAACCUCGAGUACGUUAAUUAUUUUGGAAUACUUUCACGAUUAUUGCAAUUGAAUUGCUUUUGGAUAACAUUUAAUUAUAUCUCUCAGUUUUUCACUUGUAAUUAUACUGUGUAUGAUUUUUUGAUGAAUUUUAUAUUUCAUAAGGUUGUGUUGAAUAUUGUUUUACUGCAUUUUUUUAUAACAUCGUGUUGAUGCGUUUUCACUUUGUUUCUGUCCAAGAUAAAUUUAAUUUUAACUUUGAAUUAUUUGUGU